AUGGCAACUGCGUCGUCAGAGUUUAAAGAAGACAAAAUUGAACAACCAUCAUAUGAUUCAGAUUCAUAUGGAAGCUAUGAUGAUUUUGUUGAGGAACUUUUACGCCAAAGAUCUUUCGUUGGCAAUAUAUGUUGUGGGAAUGAAAUUCCGAAUUGGUUCAGCCAUAAAAGUGAGGGAUGCUCAAUAAAGAUUGAGCUUCCUCCUAAUUGGUUUAGCACAGAUUUCUUGGGUUUCGCUCUAUCUAUUGUUGUUGCAUACAAGAGAGGCUAUGCUCUAUCUUUUGUUAGGUGGUUCAGGCUUGGAUGCAAGUACAACUUCAAAACAAGUAAUGGUAAAAGCCGUGAAGUAAACCAUCCUUGGUGUAAUCUACUCACGAAUACUGGAUACAGAGAUUCACCUGAGGUGUUUGUGUGGUGUUAUAAUAAUGUCUUUGAAGAAGUUGUAGAGGGAGCUCAUAGCCCCACUGCAUUUUACAAAUUUGUUACUGAGGUCAAUGUUGACUUCACCGUACAGAGUUAUGAUGGCUAUGAGGAGGAGGAGGGGUUGGAGGUGAAAAAGUGUGGGAUAUGUUUGUUGUAUGGCAAAGGUGCCGAGAUGAUGAAGCAGCGGGCUUUGUAUACCCAAGAUUUCUAAAUUCAAAAUUUCAUUUUAUUUGAGCUUUGCAAGACUUGUGGCUGAGGAUGCCCAAGAUGAUAAAAAUGUCUUUGCAAGACUUGUGUUCUGGCUAAGGAUGCUUUUGAGUUUGAUAGGUCCAAGAGAUCGGUACUGUAGUCAACAGUAUUCAAUUUUGCAUCAAUUGGAUUUCUGCUUCAAGUUGGAAUGGCUUCAUGCUUAUGAUCAUAAGCAGAGGGCUGUGAAUCCUCUCUUCACAAUCAGUGUUUGGAACCCACCGGACCCAUAAACAAGGUACCUGUGAAUCCUCCCUACUUGGAGCAAUUCCCUUAAUGAGCACAGCCCAAUAAGAACCAUAUUGUU